CAUCACUUGUUACCCACAUCAAAAAUUCAUCCUCACAACUCACCACCUUGAUGACCCAAUUUAUUUGGCAACCUAACAAAAACCCCCUUCUUUGUCUUUGCUCACAAUUAAGUCCAUCUUCUUCCUUCACCACAAACCUCUCUCUCCUUCAUGCACUUGACCCCAAACCCUCCAACCAACAAUAUUUAUUUCCCAUCCCCCACCCUCCUUCCCUUAUGUUGGUACAGACAGUUGUGAAAAAAAAGAAUCACCCUUUUCCCUUCUUCCCCAUUACAAUAAUCCACCACAUUCAAAACCCCCAAAAGAAAGAUUCAAAAUCCUCUGCUUUUCUGGGUUAUAUAUACAAUUGACCAAACUCCUCAAUCUCAUUAGCCUAACCCCAACAAACAACAGCAGAAACCAGUCACCAAAUCCUCCCCCUCCCUUCACCUUAUAAAUACACAGAUUGUCAGGAUGUCAGCUCUCAAGAAGAUCAUCCGGCGAGCCAAGAGGAGGAGAAGACAGCACCACCAGCAGGAACAGGGGAUUGCGAUGGAUCAUCAGGAGGGGAUUAGCACUUCCAAGGGUGAUGAUGUUCAUAAAGUAGUGGAAGAAGAAGAGAUUAGUGUCGUUAAUCAUGGGAUUAAGAAGAAGGAGAAGGGGAUUAAGAGGGAGGUUAGUUACAAGCUGUCGUCGUUUUGGGAGCUGCCAGAGUACAUGAAGGACAACGAGUUCAUAUUGGGUUACUACAGAGCCAAUUGGCCUCUCAAGGAGGCACUCUUCAGCAUCUGCCGAUGGCAUAAUGAGACGCUGAACGUCUGGACGCAUUUGUUUGGGUUUUUGCUGUUUUUGGGGUUGACCAUGGCGAAUUUGGUGAAAGUGCCUCAAGUCGCGGAUCUCUUCGGCUUGUUUACCAGCUCAGUUCUCACGAGCACAGAGAGAAAUGCCUCCCAUGAUUCGAAUUAUCAGUUAUUGGGCACAAUAGACCUAAAGCAAAUCUCCCAACAAUCAAUCCACCGCCACCUCGCCGCCGACGGGACCCCAGCCGCCCGGUGGCCGUUCUACGUCUUCCUCGCCGGCUCCAUGUUCUGCCUCCUCUCCUCCACCAUCUGCCACCUCUUCUCCUGCCACUCCCACCACCUCAACCUCACCCUCCUCCGCAUCGACUACGUCGGAAUCGCCGUCAUGAUCAUCACCUCCUUCUUCCCAAACAUCUACUACGUCUUCCAGUGCGAGCCCCACUGGCAAUUCGCCUACCUCGGCGGCAUCACCGUCAUGGGGAUCUUCACCAUCGCCACUCUUUUAACCCCUUCCCACUCCGCCGGAAAAUUCAGGGGACUCCGGGCAAUGCUCUUCACCUCCAUGGGUCUUUUCGGGUUGGUCCCGUCGGUCCACGCCGGGUUGGUCAAUUGGUCGAACCCGAAGCGCGAUGCCAUCUUGUACUAUGAGGGCGCGAUGGCGCUGUCGUACCUGAUGGGAACGGCAUUCUACGUGGCACGGGUGCCCGAGCGGUUCAGACCCGGGUGGUUCGAUCUGGCGGGCCACAGCCACCAGAUCUUUCACGUGCUGGUGGUGCUGGGCGCGCUAGCACACUAUGGCGCUGCACUCGUGUUCUUGGAGUAUCGUGACCAGGUGGGUUGCUAGCUCGACAAAAAAAAAACUAUUUAUUGGAAAGAAAUUUAUUAAAUUAAAUUAAUUAAUGUGUAAGAUGUAAGUUAUUCUUAUUAUAUAUUAAAAAAAUUGAUUUAUUAUUAGGGGUCAGCAUU